GUGGACAGGUGUCAGGUGUUGUCAGGUGUGUGUGUGAGAGUGAGGGGGCGGGGUCUAGACAGGAAGUGCUGUGUGCAGCAGGUUUAAGGUGCUGCUGUCACACGGCUGGCUGUGUGUGUGUGUGUGUGUGUGUUAGUGAUGUGUGUUACCUGAUGAGCGUCGGUGAUGAGGACGUGGACCUGCAGAGCUGGGGCUGGACUGACCUCUCCAGCUACUCCUCCUCAGUGUGGGACUCAGAGAAGGAGCAUCAGGACCUCCUCCUCUCAGGGAUCAUGUCCAGACGCAGCCUGCGGCUGGAUGAAGGCCUGUUGGACCGUAGUCUUCCUCAGAGCAGCGCCUCCUUCAGUGUGGGAGGAGGCAGCUGGAAGAGCACCAGGUCGUUGAAGUCUCGUCGUUCUCAGCAUCACUCCGUCUCCUGCUCAGAGUCUGUCCUCCUCAACACUCCUCAUAAAGCGUCCAGCCAGUCGCUCCUCAACAGCAGCCUCCCCAGCGUGGCCUCCGACGCCUCCCUGCUGUCCUCGCUGCUGGACGAGUCCUCCGUGCAGGAGACCACGCUGGUGGACACCUUCUGGGGUCUGGACCAGGACGUUGAUCCUAAAGAAAGCACCGUCAUCGAGCAGAGCACCGGCCUGGCAGACCGCACUCUGAUUGGCUCAGACGGACGCUGUCCCAAACACCUGGUCCAGACGCUCGGCAGGGUUUACUGUAAAGACUGUGAGCUGCACUCCGUCAGCGCGUACUGCUCCUCCUCACCCUCGGGGAUGGAGACCUCCACCAUCUACAGCAGAGACCGGAGCCGCAAGACCAGGAUAGAUGUGCUGCAGCUGUGGUUGGACUGCUCUCUGCUGUGUGUCAGGAGAGCUGCAGCCAGCUGUUUGUCUGCGCUGACACACACCUGGCAGGUGUGUCGGCGGCGGCUCUCACAGACUGAUAACAGAAAUAGAGCUCGAUCCGGUCUCUUUGGAGUCAUGGACCUGAGGGAGUCCACCACGACCCAGAAGGAGCUCCAUCCCAACGGAUCUCUGUUUAAACACACUCCUGCACCGCUGACACCAACAGGUGACGACUGUCAGGCGAUACAACGCUCAGACACUCACACUGUCACCUCCUCUUCCUCUUCACCUUCCUCUUCAUGGUCCUCAGUGGCUUCCUGUUUGUUGGGGCUGAUGUGGAGCGCUGCUGUUUUCACAGCUCAGAGUCUCUGUCAGCUGACUCUCAGAGCAGCUUCAGCUGUUUGGCCUCUGAUCAAGAAACUGUUUUCAACUUCUCGGAGCGCCGGACGCUCUGCAGGUGAGACAGCAGGUGAUGUGUACAGGUGGCUCAACAGACGACAGCAUCACAUGACCGCGAGCUUCCUCACAACACGGUUUCCUGUCCGGCUCCUCCUGGUUCUCCUCCCUCUGCUGCUCCUCUUCAGUCUGUGUUGGUUCGGUCCAGCCGGUCUACAGUCUGUCCUUCCAGCUGUCAACAUCACAGAGGCGGUCUCUGAUGUCCCCGAUCUGUCCUCCACACACGGCUUCACGUCCUCCCAGAGCCCAUCGGCAGAGGGCGCCGUGGAGGAGUCGAGGGAGGUGCAGCCCUUCGUGGAGACGCUCUUCAGUCGACCUCCAGCGGCGGGAGAGGAGGAAGCGGCGCCGGCAGAGGAUGAGGAUGAGUCGGGUCGGCUUGUUCGUCUGGAGCGGAGUCUGGCGACGCUGUGGGAGCAGGUGGAGGCCGGAGGGCAGCGGGCGGAGCAGAGACACGUGGAGGUGCUCCGGCUGUACGCUGACCUCCAGCAGCAGCAGCAGAUGGUCGCCAACCGAGAGGGCGUGGAGCCCUGGAUGAGCGGCCUGCUGGACCAGCAUCUGGACCAGCAUCUGGACCAGCAGCUGGACCAGCACCUGGACCGGCUCAGGAGACGACUGGACGAGGAGAAACUGCAGACUGAGCAGUCUCUGCAGAAGGAUCUGUUACAGCAGCAGAGUCAGACGUCUCGUCUGGAUCAGCUGGAGCUGCAGCUGCAGACGCUGGCCGCCAGGACAGAGGAGUUGCAUAGGAGACGAGAAGCUGCUACGACUGUCUCACCUUCACCAACAACACUUGUAGCUUCCGUCAGUGGUGCUGUGGACCGUCAGUCCCAUAAUGCCUUGCUGGCGGAGGUUGCGCGGUUGGAAGAGGCUCUGGAGGACGUCAGGCGGGAUGUUAAGGGUCUGUCUGGGGGUCAGGACAGCUGCCGACGACUCGACACAAUCCAGCAGACGAUCUCAGCGCAGGUCUCCGCUCAGGUCCGUGAGGAGGUUCGGGUUCUGGUCUACGGCAACCAGCUGAUGGUGGGGGGCGGGGCGCCCGGAGAUGCCACCGCCGCCGCCGCCGGCCUCCCAGAGUCGCUCCUCGAGUGGCUGUCGCAGCAGUACAUCAGCGGCGCCAACCUGCAGGCGGCGCUGGCCUCUCUGGAGCUCAGCAUCAUGCAGAACAUCAGCCUGCAGCUGGAGAAGCGCCGCAGCGAGGAGACGGUCCGAGAGGCCGUCCUGCACGCCACCGGGGCUGCUGGGGCCGCCGUGACCCGGGAGGACGUCCAUGAGAUCGUGAAGAACGCUCUGCGCCUGUUUUCUGAGGACCGAACUGGCCUGGCGGACUACGCUCUGGAGUCAGGAGGGGGCAGCAUCCUGAGCACUCGCUGCUCGGAGACGUACGAGACGAAGGCGGCGCUGCUCAGUCUGUUCGGACUUCCCCUCUGGUAUUUCUCUCAGUCUCCUCGAGCUGUGAUCCAGCCGGACGUCCAUCCAGGAAACUGCUGGGCCUUCAGAGGCUCCGCGGGCUUCCUGGUGAUCCGCCUCUCCAUGAGGAUCCUCCCCACCGCCUUCUCCCUGGAGCACAUCCCAAGAAUCCUGGCGCCCAGCGGGACGCUGCACAGCGCCCCCCGAGACUUCACCGUCUACGGUCUGGAUGAUGAGAGUCAGGAGAGAGGGAAGCUGCUGGGCUCCUACACCUACGACGAGGACGGAGAAGCUCUGCAGACCUACGCUGUCACCGAGGAGAACGACCGAACCUUCCAGAUCAUCGAGGUUCAGGUGUUGUCCAACUGGGGCCACCAGGAGUACACCUGCAUGUACCGCUUCAGGGUGCACGGGACGUCCGGAGACACCUGAGGACGGCGCAGACUUUCUGUCCGAUUAUUUAAGACACGAACAGGGCGGAGACGGCGGGGAAACAUUCACACGGUGAAACAUUCACACAGUCACCUCUCAGCUAACUGUGCUAACUGUGCUAACUGUGCCUGAGUCUCUACUCACUGAGACUUCAUCUCCGGGUGUCGUCAGUUUCCUGUGGAAAGAGGACGCACUCACAGUUUUGAUUCUUCUGUCAAUAGUUAAUAUUAUUUUUAUAUAUCAGAGUUUUGUCUUUGCUGUGUUUUAAAGGUCUGUCAGGCUUCAGCCCGUUCUUUUUUUAUCGGUUCCGGUAAAACAGAUGUGAGCAGAAAAUGUUUUUUCAAGUCUAUCGUAAAAUGACUCUCGAAGAUGGCGUCUAGAUUUGGUAACUAUUUAGGAAGACUGUUGAUUUAUAUCCCAUACAUCAUCUUUAGGAGGGUUUGUCUUCAUGGUCAGUAUGAACAACUUCCACCAUAAAACUGCCAAAUGUUCAUUGUUUUAAGAUAAACUUGAAUAAAUAUGAACCCAUUCUUUUUAAAAUGUGUUAAAUACGCUGCAACAUUUGAGUUUUUAAUGCAAAAAAUGCUGAAAGUCAAAUUAUCUGCCCAACGAAAAGUUUUUCUUUCCUCUGAAUUUGAUUCUCGAACAGUCAAAUCUCUCACAGCUGCAGAACUGAACCAUGAUAAUGACCAAAAAUGACUCAUGCAAUAUGAAUAUUGUUUGCACUAAUUGACUCGACUGCACUGAUUGUUUUUUGUCUUCAGGUUAAUGUAAGAUGAAUUUUAAUUUUUAUGUUGUGAAACGUGUUGUUGUAACCACUUUGAUUUUUACAUAAUAUGUAUAUUUGUGUUUUUUUUGUAUGUGAUUUCAAGCUGGACAUAAUAAAGAUGUAAAAUAAGAUAAAAUAUA